AUACACCUAACUCUGAAAGCAUAGCCAUCUCUCUCUCGUGAGUUAGUGAACAUGGCGUCAUCAGCUCACACGCCACCACCAAACCCAUACGGCACCACCGUUGCUCCACCGCCGACGCCGUCGACCCAACCCAGCCACGUGUCCACCUCGGACGCGGCCGACGCCAUCUCCCGACUCUUCCAGCGCCUUCCACCCGCACUCUCCCUCCCAACUCGCGCCUCGCCACGCGCCACCUCUCCACCUUCCAUCUCUUUCUCCGACCAAAACCUUAAUCUCCUCAGCGACCUGCUCUCCUCCUCUUCUCAACACGGCUUCUUCCAACUCAUCGACCACCCCAUACCCUCCCAACUCGCUCGCUCAGCCGAGUCCGACUCGCUCGCCCUCUUCGACCUUCCUCGCCCCCAGAAACAACACUCCUUCCCCAAAAACUGGCCCCUCGGCUUCGACGCCGACGAGGAUGAGGAAGACGGAGCCGGUGAAGCCUUCUGCCUCGAAUCCUCCUGUUCCACUGAGUCAACUCACCUCUCCUUAUCUUCCCUGCGCGAGUUCACUCGUGCAAUGGAGAAACUCGGUCUCGACGUCCUCGACUCGCUAGCUCGCGCAGCCGGGUUCGAAAACCCUUUUCGAUCCGGAUCCAAUCGGGUCUGUCCCCUAAUGUGGAUCUCUGAAGACGUUCCUGGAAAUAAACCUGAUCUAUCGGGUCGUGUCUACCCGUAUAUAAUCGGGUUACAGUACCAGAUCACGAGCCAGAAGCAUUCGUUGCUGGUUGACUCGGGUUGGAUUACCGUGUUACCACGAGUCGACUCGGUCAUGGUCACGGUUGGAGACAUUGCCCAGGUGUGGAGUAAUGGGAAGCUGAAGAAAGUGAGAGGAAGAGCAGUGGUGAACAGAGGAUCAGAAGCAGGGAAGAGCUCUCGCAGCGUAUCAAUGGCGCUACUGCUGACUCUCCCUUUGGACACCCCUAAUGUCUCUCCUCUUCCUCUUCUUCCUCAUCUGCCUCCUGCUGAUCAUGGAACCCAACCCCACAAAGCUGAAGAACAGACUGAAGCUGGUUCCACAUCUGGAACAUCCAAAGAAGAAGAAGAAGAAGAAGAAGGUGAAAGGCCUUUGUUCAGAUCCUUUAGCUUCGAGGACUACGCUUGGAGAGUCUACCAUGAAAGGCUCCUCCUCAAAGACCCACUUGACAGAUACCGCAUCUAAAAAAACACCUUGGAUUUCUUGUUGUAAUCCUUUAUUUUACUUUUUGAAUUUAUUUCUUCAUUUGGAGUGUGGAUGAUUUUUUUUUUUUUUUUUACUUUGGAUUUUUAACACAAACACCUUGGAUUUCUUGUUGUAAUCCUUUAUUUUAUUUUUUGAAUUUAUUUCAUGAUUUUAUUUUUUUUUUACUUUGGAUUUUUAACACUGGCUUUUUAUCGAAUUUUGGAAGGAUUGAGAGUUGCA